UGCAGCAAGGCGGGCCCUGCGGUGCGACCCGUGCGAGACCCUCCCGGCGCCGGCGGCGGGCCCGCGCGCGGCCUGCUCAGCCGAGGCCACCCCGCUCCCCGCGGCGCACGGAGCCCCGCGCGUCCUCAGGCUGGACGCCCUCCGCCCGCAGGUGAAUCCAGACCCAGGAGGAUGAGCCCUGGUCCCCGCGCGAUUCCUUCCUCCGGGCUGACGGAUGGAGGGAAGCAGCUCCUGCGCGGUUCCCUGCGGGGCAGCUGGUGCGGAGAGCGGUGCUAGUCAGGCCGGGAGCAAGCCUGCGUCGCCCUCCAGAGACGUGCGCAAGGGUGGCACUGGGGUCGUCUUCUCUUCCUCGGAGACUUUGGACUUGAGUCAAAGUGGUCUUCACCAUUUAGAAGAGAUCUUUAAAAUUCCUAACCUCAGACAAUUGCAUCUUCAGCGCAAUGCCCUCUGCACGAUUCCUGAUGACUUCUUUCAGUUGCUCCCAAACCUCUCGUGGCUGGACCUCCGCUACAACAGGAUCGCAGCGCUUCCUGCUGGGAUUGGCUGUCACAAGCAUUUGAAAACAUUGCUUUUAGAAAGAAAUCCUAUCAAAAUGUUACCUGUGGAGCUGGGGAGCGUGACCACCCUGAAGGCACUGAACCUGCGGCACUGCCCCCUGGAGUUCCCGCCGCGGCUGGUCGUGCAGCGGGGGCCGGUGGCCAUCCUGACCUUCCUGCGGGUCUGCGCGGCGGAGCAUGUCUGCCCUGGAGAUCUCAUUCCUCGAGUUAAAAAGAUGGCCAUCAGUGAGCUUCCGCAUCCCCUGUUGGAUUUAUCUGAAGAGCGUGUGCCUAACAAAGAUACCAUCUGUUCCCAGGAGCCAGAGGGACCCAUGUUAACAGAAAAGGCAGACUUUUUCCCACCUGUUGAGAAACUAGACCCGCGUGAGCCCGGGAGGUCCAGUGAGCCUGCGGAGGACUGGCCGAGCGAGGAGGAGAUCAGGCGCUUUUGGAAGCUGAGGCAGGAGAUCGUGGAGCACGAGCACGCGGGAGUUCUCGAGAACCAGCUCCUGCCGGGAGAGCUGCCCCCAAACCUCCAGGCGGUGCUGAGUGCCAAGGAGACGCGGCACCCACACCCGAGAGCCGUUCUCAGGAUGAAGACGCGCACCUUGAAGGGCGUCCUGCCCAAACUGGCCACAUCACAGCAGGCCCUGGGCUGCGCCGGCUGGCUGGAAGGGCGCCGGGGCCUGGCCCUCCGGGAGCUGCGGGAGAAACGGGCUCAGAUGCAGCAGGACAGGAGAGACCCGCGGGCACCGCAGGAGAGCAGGGAGCAGGCCCAGAGGAUGACAAGGAGGAGGGAGGAGUGUGGCCGCCCCCCGCCCCCGCGGAAGCACCUGGUUACAGAGCAAUAUGGUAUAUCAUCACUCAGUUGCUGUGUUUUAUAGCAUGGAAAUUAAAGAAUAUUUGUAGAACCGGGAGUAGUUAUUUUGUGGAUAUCGACAAACUGAUCUAACGUGUGUAUGGCGGCAAGAGACCCAGAACAGGCAGCACGACACGGAAGGAGAGCAGAGUCGGGGGACUGACGCUGCUCAGCGUGAAGACUUUCUGUGAAUUACAGUAAUCAAGACAGGGUGGUGCUGGUGAGAAAAGAGACAGACGGGUCAGUGGAACGGAGCAGAGAGCCCAGACGUGGACGCACGCGAGGACAGCCCGCUGAUCCGUGACAGACGCGCAGAGGCCACAAGAUGGAGCAAGAGCGUGUUUUCCGCGGCUGGUGCCGGGCCACGCGCACGUCCACGCGCCACAGCUGAGUCUAGACGCAGACCUCGCACCUGCACCGUGUUCCCUCAGCGUGGCUCACUCUCACCAGACUGUGUACCUUGACUAUGUGUGGUAUGUUAUAUAAAUUAUAUCUCAAUAAAGCUGUAAAAAAAACGGGUCACAGACCUUAAUGUAAAAUGCAAAAAUAAAAAGCUCCUAGAAGACAACGACGUAGGAGAAA